UGCACUGUAGAAACAUUUCAUCAUCCACGCCUCUUCCUGGUUUUGCCGACCGGACCAGCAUAGUUCGUCUCACUGCAACGUGGACUGGUGGAUGUAUGCAGCUGUUUACAAAACUCCUGCCUUCUGCUAGCUAUCUUGUAGCAAGAUCGAUCAUAACCACACAAUCCAGGCGGCUUCUUGUCCACGGAACUCCUCGGCAAGCCAAGCAACAGCGAGUCAUCACCCAGACAAAGGUCGCGACCGUCUCAACACCAGAUCAGCUCGUCCAAAACGAAACGAUGUCCUCUGCCGAUGUUGAAACCAUCCUGGCCCCCCUGCGACAAGCAGUGAAAGAUCAGGGUGACCUGGUCCGAAAGCUGAAGGAGGCGAAGUCUCCCAAGUUGGAGGUUGAUGAAGCCGUGAAGGAGCUGAAGAAGAGGAAGAAGACUCUGGAGGAGAAGGAGAAGUCCCUGGCUCCUCCAGAUGAAGCCUUCAACCGUGCUAAGAUGGAGGAUCUGUUGAAGAGACGUUUUGUCUAUGACCAGGCCUUUUCUCUCUAUGGAGGUGUGGCGGGUCUGUUUGACUUUGGUCCCAUUGGUUGCAUGAUGAAGAAUAACAUCACCGAUAUGUGGCGCUCUCACUUCAUCCUGGAGGAGAGCAUGUUGGAAGUAGACUGCACGAUGCUCACUCCUGCAAAUGUUCUCAAAGCCUCAGGUCACGUGGACAAGUUUGCUGACCACAUGGUCAAGGAUCUCAAGACAGGAGAGUGUUUCAGAGCUGACCACUUACUACAGGCACACAUGGAGAAACUGUUGGCUGACAAGAAAACACCCGAAGAGACUAAGGCCAAGUGUAGGGAGUACAUGCCCAGGUUGGAUGACUUUAACAAGCAGCAGCUGACAGAGAAGUUUCAGGAGUUAGGAGUGAAGUCUCCCACCAACAACAACGAUCUGUCUGAACCCAUGGAGUUCAACCUCAUGUUCCAGACCAACAUAGGACCCGCUGGCCUGCUACCUGGGUUCUUGAGACCAGAGACUGCACAGGGAAUCUUCCUCAACUUCAAGAGGCUACUGGAGUUCAACCAGAACAAGCUGCCAUUUGCAGCUGCGCAGAUAGGGGUCUCUUUUAGAAAUGAGAUCUCACCACGCUCUGGGCUGAUCAGAUGCAGAGAGUUUCCCAUGGCAGAGAUCGAACAUUUCCUGGACCCUGAGGAUAAGGACCAUCCCAAGUUCUCCUCCGUGGCUGACCUGAAGGUCACCUUGUACUCCGGCAAGAUGCAGGUGUCUGGACAGUCUCCAGCUGUCACCACGCUGGGGGAGGCUGUCAAACAGGGAACGAUUGCGAACGAGUCGCUGGGUUACUUCAUGGGGCGGAUCUUCCUGUUCAUGGUCAAGGUCGGCAUCCACCCCGAUAAGCUGCGCUUCCGCCAGCACAUGGAGAACGAGAUGGCUCACUAUGCCUGCGACUGCUGGGAUGCUGAGUGUAAAACAUCCUAUGGUUGGGUGGAGUGUGUGGGCUGUGCAGACAGGUCGUGUUUUGACUUGUGUCAGCACAGUGUGGCCACCAAGACGGCUCUGUGUUACUCCAAACCCCUUCCAGAGCCCAUCAUGGUGGAUGUGACGGAGAUCGAACCCCAGAAGAGCGUCCUCGGUAAGACGCUGAAGAAGGAUGCCAAGCCUGUGACAGAACACCUGCAGUCACUGGGAGAAGAGGACAUCUUGCAGCUGGAGAAAGUACUGCAGGACAAAGGGGAGGCUGUUGUGAGUGUAAAGGGGAAAGAUUUCUCCAUCAAACCUGAUAUGAUCAAGGUCAAACGAUAUCAGAAGAAGAAGUUUGUUGAGGAAAUCACCCCUGGAGUGAUUGAGCCGUCGUUUGGUAUCGGCCGAGUCAUGUACGCCGUGUUGGAGCACAACUUCCGCAUGCGAGAGGGGGAUGAACAGAGAACGUUCUUCUCCCUGCCUGCCAUGGUGGCCCCCUACAAGUGUUCAGUCCUUCCUCUCAGUGGGAAUGAAGAGUUUGUUCCCUUUGUUAAGCAGCUCUCUGACUCCCUGACCAGAGCAGACAUGUCCCACAAAGUUGAUGACUCCUCUGGGUCCAUCGGCCGCCGCUACGCCAGAACAGACGAGAUCGCCAUUCCGUUUGGGAUCACGGUCGACUUCGACACAGUAAACAAGGAGCCUUCAACCGUCACGCUGAGAGAGAGGGACUCCAUGGGACAAGUUAGAUUACCAAUUGACGACGUACCUCAGGUUGUAUCGGACCUCUCGGCAGGAAGAAUCAGCUGGGCAGAUGUAGAAAAUAAAUACCCCAAGUUCCAGGCCCAGGAAACAUCACGAUCCGACGUCUAGUCAUCAAAUGACUGACAUUUUAGGCAAAAAUAAAACGUGGCAACAGAGGACUUAUAAGGAAUUUUUACAAUUCACCCGGCAUGACAAAUUCGCCCGGUUGGAAUUGAAUUAUGUAAUAUAAAACUAAAAUGUUGAAGUACUGUAAUACGAGAUGUCUACAAUUUGACUGAUCCUAUCUACAUUAUCUACCGGUGGUUAAGAUUUGUAUGACACCAAACUGAUUCUUAGCAUUAUCUACAUAGCAGAUUUUGUACACUCACUCCAGACUAGACAGAAGGUGAAUAAUACUAGUACUUUGGCUAGCAGCAUGUUGAAGGAAAAAAACAGUUGAAGUGCCUGAGUGUGAUUUCUCAUACAGUAUGCACAUUACGCUAUACAGUGUAUGAUGCACUGGCUAGAGUAAAUACAUUUCAGCAAGGUGGCUACAGGCAAGUGCUGAUCUGUUCUAUUCUUCUUUCAGUCCUGACAUCCAUGUUAACUUAAUAUAUCCCCAGAACAUCAACCCACUCGCAAGUUAUCCGCAUUGUCUUCUAAAUUUUGUGACAAAUGAAUAAAAGAACAAAAUGACAGUAGGAUUGGAUUGGAAAUAUGCAAGUUGCCCUAUACUCAUUUGUU